AUGAGGAAAUUAGAUGGGAUUCUCGCGUGCGGUGCUCUAUUUCUGGGCCUCCACGCGCUGAUCGCUUCCGCUCGCGAUGUGAUCGACUUGACUCCGGAUAACUGGGAACUAGACGUGGGUCAGGAUUUCUACAUCUUCGUCAAGUUUUACACUCCAUGGUGCGGACACUGCAAGCGACUUGCACCCGAGUGGGAGAGGCUCGCCGCUGCCUUCAGGGCGUCUGUUUACGUUCACAUCGCACAGGUGGACUGCGACGCACACAAGGAGCUCUGCUCCAAGUUCGGCGUCAGCGGCUAUCCCACGCUCAAAUGGUUCCCUCGCAACUCACUCACGCCCGAAACGUACACUGGCGAUCGCGAGGCAGAGAAGCUGCUGGAGUUUGCCAACCAGAAAUCAGGAAGCAGAGCGGCACUGCCAGCAGGGAAGCCGUCAUUGGUGGUGGAGGUGACGCCUGACAACUUCACAGAGAUUGUCAAGGACAAGACCAAGCACGUUCUGCUUGAAUUCUACGCCCCAUGGUGUGGAAUGUGCAAAUCCCUUGCUCCGUGGCUUCCUUCCUCAAACCACCUUGCCCCUUCCGAUUCCCCCCUGCACUACACUCUCGUUUCGUCUGUGCAGGACUACGAGGCACUGGCAGAGGCGUUUCAGUACGAGCCGGACAUUGUGAUCGCCAAGUUUGAUGCCGACAAGUACAAGGGCACCGUGGAGAAGUACAAGAUCAAGGGGUACCCGGAGCUGCGCUGGUAUCCCAAGAACAACAAGAGGGGCGAGCCAUACCAGACGUCGCGCAACCUGCAGCCUCUGAUCGACUUUGUCAACGCCAAGGCCAACACCUUGCGCAAGAAGGGCGGCCUCCUGGAUGACGAUGUGGGGCGGAUCAAGGACCUGGACAAGAUAGCUGUGAAGUACGCCCUGGCAUCUAAGGAGCAGCGGGUGCAGCUGAGGACGCAGAUGAGCAACACCAUCGACUUUCUUGACGCUAAGAAGGACCCGUGUGUUCCUGUAGACCACUUCACGCCGCUCGCCCCAGCCAAGAUAGACCAGUUCACGGUGCGCAAGCACAUCCUCACGGCCUUCCUUGAGUUUGACGAGGAGGAGGUGGCCAUCUCCUGA